AAAAUAGGCAAAAUCUUAAAACCCUAAAUCAGAGAAUAGCUCAGUCAGUCACUAGUAAACUCACAGGCCUCAUCAAUGGCGUCUCAAAUGGCGAUCUUAACUCGAACCAAAACCCUAAUCAAAACCCUAAAUCCUAUCAAAUCCAUCUCCACAUUCACCUUCGUUUCCCAAGAACCUCAACUCGCUGCCGAGCCAACUCUGUCCGAUCCUAGCCCCACCACUACCACUUCUCUCCCUCCAAACCCAGCCUCAGGCAGCCCAGUCUACCACGAGAACUGGCGCAAUCCCAUCUCGAACCCUAACCCGGCGCUUAGUCAGUCCCUAAUCCCUUUCGGUCUCCUUCAACAAACUCCAAAUGCUCGAAUCCAGUCCAUGUCGCGAAAUCUUGAUGUCAAUUCUCUAUUGAAUGUGUUCGCGGAUUGGACGACCUCUCAACGGUGGUCUGAUAUGAAACAACUCUUUGAUUUCUGGAUAAGGUCGCUUGACAAGAAUGGCAAGCCUAAUAAGCCUGAUGUUCAUCUGUAUAAUCAUUAUUUGAGAGCUAAUUUGAUGAUGGGAGCUACUGUUGCGGAUUUGCUGGAUUUGGUUGCUCAGAUGGAGGAGUUUGCGUUAGAUCCUAAUACAGCGUCUUUUAAUUUGGUGCUGAAGGCCAUGUAUCAAGCUCGAGAGACUGAGGCUGCCGAGAAGUUGCUCGAACGGAUGGAGCUUGCAGGAAAGGAAUCUCAGCCUGAUGAUGUGUCAUAUGAUUUGGUUAUUGGUGUAUUGUUCUUGGCUGAACAAUUUGAUACUGCCUUGAAAUAUAUAGAUAAGACUUUAAGAAAUGGUUAUAUGUUAACAAGCAGAGCAUUUUCCGAUUGUGUGAGUAGCUGUGUUAAUAAAGGACGACUGGAUACAUUGGUGUCAGUUAUUGAAAAAUGCAAGACAAUGGAUCAAAACAAAGCUCUGAGUCCAAAUUGGAACAUGUGCAACUUUAUUGCAGAAGUUGCAAUGCAAGAGGAUAAUAGCAAGUUGGCAUAUUACGCCUUGGAAUUUAUGGCCAGAUGGACUGCCCAGGCUGAGAAUGCUAGGCCUGCUGUUCUACUUUCUGUUGAUGAAGGACUGGUUGUAUCAGGCCUUGCAACUGCUGGCAGGACUUACAGCUCUACUCUCUUGGAUGCAUCAUGGGCAAUCCUUCGGCGUUCAUUACGUGGAAAGAAGAAUCCUAACCCAGAAUCUUAUAUUGGGAAAAUAUACGCCUAUGCAUCACUGGGGAAUCUGCAGAAAGCUUUUAGUACACUGCGCGAAUUCGAGGCUGCUUAUGAAAAUUCUGACAAAGAAGCACAGGAAGAAAUGUUCUCACCAUUUACUUCUUUACAUCCAUUGGUUGUGGCUUGCUCCAAGAAGGGUUUCGAGACUUUGGACUCGGUGUAUUUUCAGCUGGAGAAUUUGAGUCGUGCAGAACGUCCAUACAAGUCUGUUGCUGCACUUAAUUGUGUAGUUUUAGGUUGUGCGAAUAUAUGGGACCUUGACCGUGCCUAUCAAACUUUUGAGGCAAUUGGCUCUUCUUUUGGGCUGACCCCUGAUAUUCAUUCAUACAAUAGUCUGAUGUAUGCCUUUGGAAGGCUCAAGAAGACAUUUGAGGCUGCAAGGGUGUUUGAGCAUUUGGUAAGCUUAGGGAUCAAGCCCAAUGCAAGGUCAUAUUCAUUGCUAGUUGAUGCUCAUCUCAUCAACAGAGAUGCAAAAGCUGCUCUCUCUGCGAUUGAGGAGAUGCUAUCUGCAGGAUUUGCCCCCUCUAAGGAAACUCUAAAGAAGGUCAGAAGACGGUGUGUUCGUGAGAUGGACUAUGACAGUGAUGAUCGUGUGGGUUCCUUUGCUAACCAGUUUAAAAUUCGAAUGGGCAGUGAGAUUCGCAGGGACAUGCUGUUCAAUCUCGAGUACAGCGCUGAUUAUGCUUGAUAGGUUAUUUCUUGUUCUUCAUGGCAAUCGAUUUGGGCAGUUCGGAUACUGCUUGAGCUCUUCAUUUCAGACCAAAGUCAUUCUUGUUUGUAUAUUACUUGGGUGUGCUCAAUUUUGAGUAUUGCCAGCAUGGAACUUAGGAUCAUAGCCUCCUAUAGCCAAAUAUUUUCUUCACAUUAAAAUUAUUUUUGACAAAAACUGUAGGGGCAAUGAAACAUUGAUCCAAAACAUACUUUAAUGGUGACAAAUAAAUGUAGGACAAUCUUGAUAAUUUAUUUAGGGUAGAAAGUCUGUUAGGUGAGGCCAUCACUGGUAUAUGGCUUAGAUCUGGCGACACCUUUCUCUGCGCCACUCAUCUGGAAUGUGUCUGCAUUUUGUAAAUGUUGAAAUUAAUUUCGGCUUGUAAGGAUUUUGCUUUGGAAGUAACAGUUCUGUGGAACUGGAAAUUACAUAUUUA